AUGCCGCCGUCUCAGCUGCUGGCGGUGGCCUUGGUCUCCGUGCUGCUGCUCCUGCGGCAGCCGGCGCGCGCGGCCGAGUACGCCGUCGGCGGCGACGGCAUCAACGGCUGGGACACCGGCACCAACUACGCCACCUGGGCGCAGGCCCAGUCCUUCGUCGCCGGCGACGCCCUAUUGUUCAACUAUGUCAAGAGCCAGCACAACGUGUACGAGGUCACGGAGGCGGCCUACCGGUCCUGCGACCCGACCCCCGCCGGCUCCGUGCUCGCCACCUACGACACCGGCUUCGACAGGGUCGUGCUCCCGGAAGCCAAGACCUACUGGUUCAUCUGCGAGGUCCCCAACCACUGCGUCGGCGGCAUGAAGCUCGCCGUCAACGUCUCCAACGGCGCCGCCGGGGCUCCAGAUGGAUCGCCGACGAUAGACGUGCCACCGCCGUCCCCGUCGGCGGCCACCAGGAGCAACUGGACGGCGGCCUCGGGCUGGUUGGUGGUGCUGCUCGGCGUCCUGGUCAACCGCGCCGGCUAGCUAGCGCUACUUGACCUGCUCAGGGUUGGCUAGCUCUUUUAUUCGUUCUCAUUUGUACAUUUUUUGCAAUAAUUUUUAGUAUUAUGAACCAAUCAUUGCUCACAAGCAAUUCCGUUAGAGCCCCCCUGCUUCGAAAUAUGCAUAACAUGUGUA